GAUCUAGGAUCCCAAGUUUUUUAUGAUCCCUGUUAGAUCAUAACAGGUAUUAGGCCAGUUCCUCUACUCUGAACCGUGCCUUGUAUCGUGCUGUGGUACAAAGGCUAUUUCAAGGCAUUUUAAGCCACCAGCUGAAAGAGGAAGACUGAAAAGGUGGGCCAGAGAAAAACAGAUGAUGGGCAGGAGUCCAUUUCAAUAAAUCUUUAGCCGGCAUUCCUAUGGAGCUGCCCAGGCUCUGGAGCACUCGGUGACCACCAGGCACUGGGUGACCUGGUUGUUUCACUGUCAGGAAAACAGAUUUAGUAUUUUUACCUUUAUUUCAUAAAUUAUAGUGAGCAUGGACUGUGUAGCUGAGAACCUAGCUGUCGGGUCCCGAGUGUGUGUCCUAAGCUGCAUCUGUAAGAGAAUUAAAAUGAGGGCCCCCAAGUCCAGAACAGGAUUUAAGCAUCCAGCUCUAGGCUCAGGUUGGUUCCCAGAGUGAAACAUGUGAAAGGACGGAUCACGGCCCCAAGUCGGCACGUGCCACAGCAGCUCUCACAAUAUUUGCCCGAGGGAAGACUGAAGGGAUGUUCAUGGGCUUCUGCUACCGUCCCACCCUGCCCCAUCCUGAGUUUGAAGCGCUGAAGUUGGGGUACGCACCGCUCUGGGGUUCCCUGCGAGGAGGUGGUGGGAACUGGCCUGGGCUGUGCUGCUCUCAGUGUGCUUCUUCCCCAGCACAUUGCACCACCUCAGCAACGGCGGCUAGGAAAUGUCUAGCUCCUAAAUGCGUGUAGCUAUCCCAGAAUGGUAAACUGAACUCGAUUCUGUGGUGGUGUGUCCUGGGAAGAGUGUCUCAGGUGACCUGCCCCUUGCUCUCGCCGGUGCUCCCCUGCUGAAGAAGGGGCAGUUUGAGGAAGGUGGUAAGGCGCAAGGCACAGCCCCCGAACACGUGGUUGCGUUUUCCCGUCCAGAGCACUGCCCAGGGUAGGACAGUGCCUGGUGUCUGGAAGAGGGAAGCGUCUCGGCCAUCUCUAAGCCUAAAGGGGCGGGAAGGAAGCAGCAUGCUGCUUAGGGCUCUGCUGGGGGGUGUCUCCUGACAGUGUACAACCUUGCCGGUUCCUAACGUGGAAUUACAGCGUGUUGGUUUAGGGAGCGGGAUGAAUGGGAGAAUGGAUGGCUUGGAUUUUCUCCCCAAAUGAUAGGAGUCCAUUGCAUCGGGUAGCGUCACUGUUCUUUAGCUGUUCCCCUCUCUCCUUUCUUCCGGUCUUCUCCUGCCCGGGCUGCACGGCCCUUGUGCAGAUCACCUCCCCCCCGCAUACCAGCGCUGCCUUACCCUCCCCUUUCUGCUCCGCUCUCCCCGAGCGAUGACCGAUGGCCGGCAGAGCGCGCGCUUCCUGUUCGCAGCACGCCGCCCGCUUGCAGCAGCGGUCUCGCUGCAUUUGCUUUCCGUGUCCUUUCUGCAGUUGCGCUGGUGGCUGCAGCUGUCUGAGCAAGCUUGCGUCGGCGGCUGGAUCUCUUCGGUGGCAGGUUGGAGCACACGGCAGCUCACAGCUUACCGUAGCCCAGAGGCACUCUCUGACGCGGGUCCCGUGUCAGCAGUAUCUGCACGGCUCACGUAUCACCCUGCUGCGACCUCGGGAGUCCUCAUAAGCUUCCCUGGUCUUGCUUAACCUGUGUGAUUGGCAUUUUCCCUGCCUCUGCUCAUCUCCUGUUGCCUUGCAGUAACAAAUGCACCAAAUCUCCUCGGUGAAGACAUAUGCCAAUGCCAGUUAAAUCUCUGCCUCUCAUAAUUAGCCUUCAGCCCUGAAAAAACAGGUUUUACCUGUUUGCAGCCUGCCAAGGCUGUAGGUGUGCUGCCCCGGGACAGUUAGCCCUGGGCGACCGUGGCAGCUGGCUCAGCAGCCUGUCUGUGCCUCUGCGUGGAGCAGAGGUCUGCGUCGCCCGUUACCCGCUCGCCCAGUGGCUCAGCGGAGGCUUUGGGAGGGAGCCGGGCGCGCGCAGACCGUCCCCGCUGCCCGUGCCUCCCUGCCCUGGCAGUCAGCGCGGCGGGCCCCCCGGGAGGUUAGUGCAGGCCGCCACCGACGGGCCUGGCUGGGCUCUGCGCGCCCUUGCCCGCCGGCUCCUGCGGUGCGAGCAGCUCUAGCGGGUGCGGGAGCUGCUCGGUGAGAUCUCCGGUUGGCCUGGUUUUCUUCCCUCGCGGCUCUCUGGGUGCAGGACACCCCGGCCCCGGGGUGCCUCUUUGCCUUGGGCGCGCAGUGGGUGCAGGCUCCGGAGUGCCGGCUGCCGGGCAGAGCACGGAGUUGUGCUGAGGGGGAAAAUGGUUGCUGUGCGGACAGAAGUUGCCUCUGCGUGUUGUAAGCGGGUCACUUGUGAGCAUCCUGGGCCUGUUAGGCAAACGGAGAUGUACUUACUCCCUUUCGGAUGCCCAAAAGUGAUCUGCCAACGCUUGUCCCGUUCUUAGUCUUACCCAAGCCGUGCUUUCUUUCCUGGGCAGAAGCAGCCUUGUGCACCUUGCUCGGUUCCCCUCCCCUGCAGCCGUUGUUCCUCGUGUUUGAGCUGGGAGGUGUUUGUCCUGUGGCAGGUUUGUCUUUCAGCAGCUUUUCUUAGUAUUGCCCUUGGUCCUUGAAGGCUUUUUGUCCCAGCCCUGACCAGCAGGCUGAGCCUGCUCAGAACAUAUCCAGCCUGAGGCAUAUUAUGGUCCUCUUAAUACCACUUUUUUCCUGCCUAGUACCUACACAUUAAUCAAAAUUCAUUUAAGAGUGAACAUUGAUCUGCACUGCAGCACUGCAGCACUGCAGAGAAAGGUGUCAGAAACAGUAGUCCACAGGACUGUUCAUCCUGAAAAUCUUUGUAGUCAACUCCUCUUUUCCUGGUGCUUUGCCUCUUGAGUAUCUUCCCUUCCUGAUCUGCAGGCCGGCAGCCUGUCCUUCCUGGCCGGCAGCCUGUCCUUCCUGGUAGGAUUAGUAUUUUGGUUUCUGUCACCCAGGUUCUACAUAGUCCUCACCUUGGUUGUCCCCACUGAGGAUGUCUCUGCCUGACUGGCACAGUAAUACUUGCCUCUCGUCGUCAUCCUUGAUAGUUCAUAGGCGGGAUUUGCAGAACGCCUGCUGAGUGCUGAGUUCCCUAUCGCACCAGCAUAACCCAUUGGAGCGUGAGCAGGUCUAAUCCCUUGCUCCUCUUCAUCCUAGCCCAGGUUGUUCCUGCAUGUGAGACACUGGGAGAGGACUCUGCAGUGGAGUGUGGUUUCUCUGUCCCCUCAGGAGUCCCAGCAGGAUGUGUGUUGGGCAGUUACUCUGGUGAUGGAGAAUGAGAGCUAAGAAACAGCUCUGGACAGCACCUUACCCUCCUUGCAGGACAGUGGUGUCCUGGGUGGUCUUGCACAGGCUGCCUGAGGGUAAAGUUUCCCACAUAUUCCCUGGGGUUCAAAUUGCACCCUGGAGGAGUGAAGUUUGGAAUGGAGGAGUGGGCUUGGCUCCUCCUGGGGUACUAGGUGUUUCUCACUUUUGCAGUGGCUCUACGAGACUUGUCUGUGACCGAGUACGGGACGUGCCUUGUGGUAUGGUGGGAAGGAGCUCUCCCUUGUUCACACCUUGGUUAGAUGUUAGAUCGUGGAAUACACUUGGCUUGUGCUAUGUUGUGAGACCCUGCAGCUGGGUUACAACGGGCUGUGUCUCUUGUUUCCCUCUAGCCUGCGGAGCUGUUUCUCCUGCUAUGAUGCCAGGGCAGAUUCCCGACCCGUCCCUGACGGCUGGUGCGCUGCCUGGGCUCGGCCCCUUGACGGGACUGCCUGGCACGGCCUUGACGGCAGAGGAGCUGAAGUACGCUGACAUCCGCAACAUCGGGGCGAUGAUCUCACCACUCCACUUCCUGGAGGUGAAGCUUGGGAAGAGACCCCAGCCUGUGAAAAGUGAGCUGGACGAGGAAGAGGAGAGAAGGAAAAGACGCCGGGAGAAAAACAAAGUAGCAGCGGCACGAUGUCGUAACAAGAAGAAGGAAAGGACAGAGUUCCUGCAGCGGGAGUCUGAGCGUCUGGAGCUCAUGAAUGCAGAGCUGAAGGCCCAGAUAGAAGAGCUGAAACAAGAGAGGCAGCAGCUGAUCCUGAUGCUGAACCGGCACCGUCCAACCUGCAUUGUGCGGACAGACAGCAUCAAGACGCCCGAGAGUGAAGCUAACCCGUUGCUGGAACAGCUAGAGAAGAAAUGAAGGUGGCUCUGGGCCAGGAGGAGGAGACAGUGGCGCGGGGUCUUCCAGGGUCUCUAACACAUGUACUGUAUGAAGAACUUUGCACCGAGGCCUGGUGCAGCCAGGACCCAGUGGGCUUCCUUGGGAAUUAUAGACCAAACAAAUAUGGGGACAGAGAAGAUCAGCAACAUGUCAAUCAUCUACUCUGAGGCUGAACCCAGGAGUAUGGCUAGCGGCUCUGGUGAGGGCAACCUCUUUGUGAUACCUCAUCAUGGCCCUUCAGCCUGCUUGAGGCCCCGGGAACCCACACUGCUGCAGCAUGUCCUGUGAGGAGGAGGAAUGGGAGGAAGCUCCCACUUCACCCUCUUUCCUACAGCUCACUGUACGCUUCCGGCUGGGAGCAGGGCCUGCACGUGGGGCAGCAGAGCAGAGACCACAUGGUGACCAUGGUGCCUCCCGCCUCGGCAGUGUGCUGGAGCCAUCCCCAGAUGCUGCCACUGCUCCUGGCGCACACUCCGCAUGGAAACCUGAAACGAAGAACCGCAAACACUUGACACAAGCCCGUCUGGUGGGCAGGCCUGUCGUGGCACGGUGGCGCAGGCGCCCCCCACAAGCACACUCUCAGUAUAAUGUUUACAGCCCAGCUGUCCUUGUCGGCCGUGCUUUUAAAUGCACAUUUUUACACUUUUUAAAAAUAUUUUUUACAAAGUUUUUAUACAGCGAUCUCUAUAUGGAUUUAUAUAAUCACUAGAUGUGAUCCCAUAGAAAUGUAUGUUAUGAUGGUCUGUUUGUUACAAAUGCAUAUGCCACAGUAAUCUCCAUUGUGUUACUUGUCCGGUAGCGCCCGGCUCUUCCCCCCAGCAUGCUGGGAAGGGGGUCCACGGAGCCCUCCACAGUGGUGCUGCUGCCGUCUCCAUCCAUGUAUGUCCUUCAUAAUACUCAGUUCUGUAUCUCGCAGUAAAUGUUACCUUUACGUA